CUUCUAUACGCGGGAUCUGCACGCAAAUAAUGCUGGCGUGUGUCAUCUUUGCCAACCUGGCAGGGCGUAGCGACAUCCACGGGGAGCAGUGAUCUCCAAUAUCCCCACGAAUGCCACGACCAGGGACUUGUCCUUGACUUGUACUUAAGCUAAACCGUCGACCAGCCUUAGGCGCACAGCAAUCAUGUCCCUUGAAAUCACUGACGAAGAGACUCCUCUGCUGCAUGCUAAUGACUGUGUAGAACUGCAACAGAAGCCGGUCAUGACAGGCAAGAUGCCUCUCCCGUGGCGCCAAUUUUCUAUAAUACUGUCACUGCAAGUCCUAGAACCAAUGACUUCGCAAGUCAUCUCGCCAUUUGCACCACAGUUGAUACGAGACAUAGGAGUCACCCAUGGCGAAGAAGCUCGUGUAGGAAUUUACGUUGGCCUGUUGCAAUCACUCUUCUUUGCAACUGAGGCAUUGACCACUUUUCACUGGAGCCGUCUGUCUGAUCUUGUUGGCCGCAAGCCAGUGAUAUUGAUUGGUCUCACGGGCAUCUCUAUUUCUAUGUUCUCUUUUGGACUCUCAAGAACUUUUUGGACUGUCAUCUUAAGUCGCUGUCUAUGUGGUGUGCUCAAUGGUAACGUGGUGGUGAUGAAGAGCAUGAUCGCAGAUAUCACAGAUUCCACUAAUAUGCCUCAGGCGUAUGGAUAUGUUCCUUUUGCUUGGCAGGCUGGUAUUGCUCUGGGACCUCUUAUUGGUGGACUUCUUUCACAUCCAACAGUCCGGUACCCGAAAAUCUUUGCAAGAUUUUAUUUCUUAAAUGUAUAUCCUUAUUUCCUUCCUUGUGGCGUGAUAGGAACACUAGCGCUUGCAUGGUGGUGCGUUACGUUCUUAUUUCUCAGUGAGAGCACACAACCUAGCACUAGUCUUGCUCAGUGUCUCGGACUGCAGGACAGCGAAACAACUGUUUCACGGGCUAUGACUUCUAACCUCGCAUCAAAGGUCAAGCCCUUGCCGUUCCGCGAGUUGCUAGUAACGCGGGUAGUCAUCGCAACCUGCGCUUACGCCGCCGUUGCUCUGAUCGAAAUCUCGUUUCGUGCUGUCCAACCAGUAUUCUAUGCUACACCCAUUGAAAUGGGUGGCCUCGGACUGGAUACUCCAGCCAUUGGCAUCAUUCUGGCUGUGCUUGGUAUUCUAAACGGAGUGCUCCAGGUGUUAUUCUUUGUGCACUUGCAUGACUGGCUAGGAGGAAGAAAUCUAUAUCUUUUCUCCGUCUUCAGUUGCUUCCCAAUGCUCGCACUGUUUCCAGUCAUCAGUUUCACAGUCAAAGCACAGGGACUGAGCUGCUUUGUCUACCUCCUGGUAGGCUUGCAGCUCCUUGCAUUUGUAAUCUCAUAUUCUGCAUAUGGUGUCGUGUUCAUGUACAUCAAUGCAUCUGCGCCCAACCGAGCAUCAAUUGGUGCAACAAAUGGCCUUGCACAAACUGUGGUGUCCGUCACACGCGCUGUUGGGCCAGCGUUGGUGAACUCUGCUUAUUCACUGAGUAUUGAGAAGCAAAUACUUGGUGGAAAUAUGGUGUAUUUGUUGAUGGCUGGAAUGGUUUGGAUUGCUAUCGGUGUCGGAGCUGUCCUCCCAAGGCGCCUCGAGUAGAUGUAUCAAAAGAUGAAAAUAUCAUUGAUUUGGGAAUGUCUUCUGUAGGCAUUUAAACCCAAUGUAUUUGCAUUGGGCCCAGUGAUCUUUUUGUUGGAGGCUCUGCUCCAAAAUGCAAUGUGACAAUAGUUGCGUUUCUGGAUCGUAUCCUUAAUUAGGGCGC